AUGAGUGGAUUGGAGAAGGUAUGCACGUCCUUGUGGAUCAGUGUAGAGGUGUCCGUACUAAGCCUUCGUAGCCCUAGCGGAGCACUGCAUCAUCAGCAAAACUCCUCUGGCGAGAGGCCUGAAGGGCUCCUCGAUCCCCAGAAGAUCACAGGAAUGAUCGUUCUCCAUGCCGACAAAAUCGUCGCUACAUCAAUCGAGUCGUUCAUAAUCCGUGUCUACAGACAAGAAAACAAGCGAGGGUUUCUCAAAGCCUUCUCCGACUCUCCCGAGCCAUUCACCACGGGAUUCGCUCCUUUGGCCAACUCCCUGCGGAACCUCUUCCUUCGCAAGGCGUCCUUAUGGCCACGCUUUCACGUCACUGUUGCGGAGUCUCUUGAGGGCCACCGAAAAGCCGAGGUCAUUGAGCUGGAAGUCCCGAUGAGCGAUAAGAUGCGAGAAAUCCAGAACGCUGUUCUGGAAUGUGUGGAGAUAUGUAUUGGAGAGCUGAAGAAAGCAAACACGGGGCUGGAUAUGGAGGACUGGACGCUCGAUAGCGCGCUGCAUAGAAGCUUCGAUAUCUCGGUUCGGCGCCAACUCGAGCCUAUGUGGCACCGUCUCAGCUUCAAGACCAAGCAGAUUGUCAGUGAUUUGUCUGACCUCCGCGCGAUCCUCCACGCGCUACUUACGUACGACGCUGUCUCCUUCGUGAAGUAUCUUGAUACCAUUGUGACGGCACACUCUCCGCCACCUGGGUCGACAAGGCACAACUAUUCCCCAUGGCUUUUCCUCGACGCAGCUCACAUUCUUUUUCAGACGGCAAAGUCCAGGGCAUACCAGGGUAAAAUCAGCAACGAUGUAGCUCGAUCCUCGUCAACUUCGUUGCCUACCACCUUGCAGCCUGUCCUGGAGGAGCAACCCAAAUGGGAAGUCCUGGCCGAAGUGCUGGAGGAGAUUGAAACGGACGCAUACCUCAACCCAAGCAAUGUAGACGAGUCGAAUAGCACCGUGUUGAUCAUGUGUGCUGAUCAGCGGACCUGUCGGCAGCUCCGAGAAUACUUGUCAACAAUGCAUACCAGAAUCGACGAAGGGGGUGGAAAUGACGAUGCCAACGAAGAUGUCAAAAUCAAACCUUCUGCAGAGGUAAUGCUCCGCAGGCGCCUGCGUGAGUACCUUGACUGGAAGACUUCCCUGUCAAACGUCAAUAAAAACCUGUCCGCCGCGCCUCCUGCUAGCGAUAACCAGUCUGAGAAGGGCCGGAAUUCGCCGGCUCCUUUGAAUCAACAGGCGAGAGCACCUCCGAACAAGCGGCGCCGUGUUCGGGGUGGAGGAACAGUUUCGUCGGCAUCAGGGCGCGUUCCUAAUGCCAGCGUGCAGACAGAUGUCGAGCUACCAGACCAGGUAGCCGAAUUGCGGGAUGAGCUGCAACCCACGGAGGUCGAAGAAGCGCAAAAGGCGGACAUCAUCAUCGACGAUCUGGAGGACAUGGAAGAGUUUUAUGAGCUGUAUGAUAUGAAUGACCUUGUGAUGGUACACCCUUACGACGGUGACAUGGACGAGCAUAUUCUGGAAGAAGUGCGGCCGCGGUACAUCAUCAUGUACGAGCCUGAGCCUUCCUUUAUCCGGCGAGUCGAGGUAUACCGCAGCUCUCAUGUGGGAAGAAAUGUGCGCGUGUACUUCAUGUACUACGGCGGAUCUGUCGAAGAACAACGCUACUUGAGCGCUGUACGCCGGGAAAAAGACUCGUUCACGAAACUCAUCAAAGAGAAGGGAAACAUGGCUGUAACUAUCACACACGACAAAAGCGCCGUCGACCCUCAAGAACAGUUCCUUCGAACGGUCAACACCCGCAUCGCCGGAGGCGGCCGACUGGCCGCCACAGCAUCUCCUCCGCGUGUCGUCGUCGACGUCCGCGAGUUCAGAAGCGCGCUUCCAUCUCUGCUGCACGGCAACAACAUGAUAAUCGUUCCAUGCCAGCUGACAGUUGGCGACUACAUUCUUACUCCGGAUAUUUGUGUGGAGCGCAAGUCCGUUCGUGAUUUGAUAGCGUCUCUCCGGAACGGACGUCUCUACAACCAAGCUGAGACAAUGCUCCAGCAUUACAAGAACCCGCUUCUGCUGAUCGAAUUCGACCAGAACAAGUCCUUCACCUUUGACGCAUUCGCGUCUGCAUCGAACCCGGGGACAACGGCUCUGACGGACUUUGGAUUCUCCUCGUCUGGUGCCGCAACCACGUCUGCAAGCAGUUCAUUGGUAAACCCGUCCAGUCCAAAAUCUGCGCAGCACAUGCUCGUCCUUCUCACCUUGACGUUCCCCCGUUUGAAGAUCAUAUGGUCGUCAUCGCCCUACCAGACGGCAGAGAUCUUUGCAGAGCUUAAGAAGAACAAUCCUGAGCCUGAUCCUCUCCAGGCUGUGCAGAUCGGACUGGAUAUUGAAGUUGGGGCGUCUAGUGACGGGAACAUCAUGGCUGCCGCAGGGAUCGAGCAUCGCGCUUUUAAUCCCCUCCCACAGGAGAUGCUCCGUGCUGUUCCAGGCGUGACACCAGCUGUUCUUGACCGACUCGUGGUUGAAACAGGCAAUAUCAGCGAAAUUGCUAAUAUGGAUGUUGAACAGCUCGAUCCAUUAGUGGGCAAGGAGACGGCACGAAAGAUUGUGGGCUUCUUUCGAAAAAGCGUGUUCGAUGCUGAGACUCGAUAG